UGAGGAGGGGAGAGAGUGACGGAGGAGAGACAUCGAGUUGAGAGGGGGAAUUGGGAACUCAAGGGGACAGUCUCUGUUGGAAUCUGAAACCAGAGAGAGAGAGAGAGGAACAGGCAGCAGCUGCAGCUUACACUCGGAAGCUGCAAAGAAUUCACAUUUCCUCCCUCUCCCUCAUUGCUGUUGGGGUGCGGGAGAGACUUGGAGACAGAGAGAGACAGAGUCAGAUACAGAACAGGAGCGAGCUCGGGGGGGAGACAGAGGGAGAGGGAGCGGAGGGGGAGCAGCUCCGGGUGGGAGCGGGCCUGAGGAGCUCACUGCCCCCCACAGUCGGAGCGGCUAUCCGCCUUUGCCAUGGCCGGGACACGAUGUGAGACCGUCUGCUGUCAAUAAGAGCAGCAGCCGGAGGAGGAGGUUGGUGCAGAGAUGCGAGGAGCCAGGCUGAGCAUCUGAUGGAAAUUAGUUUCCAUUUGGCAGAGUGAGCGGAAACCGAGGGAAGAUGAAAGUGCUCCGGAGGAAGGCAGCUCUGCUGGUGCUGGGCUACAUUCUGCUGCUGGUGCUGACCAUGUUACACUUCACCGACUAUAAAGGGACGAAGGAGUGUACCCAGGUGAAGUAUGUGCCGUACCCUCUCCGUUACACGGUGGAACACCAGCGGCCCUCUGCUCCCCAGAACAGCUCCAGUGGGCGCCAACAUGUCUAUGUGUUCACAACAUGGCGAUCGGGCUCUUCCUUUGUGGGGGAGCUCUUCAACCAGAACCCCGAUGUCUUCUUCCUCUACGAGCCCAUGUGGCACAUCUGGCAGAAGCUGUACCCGGGAGAUGCCCUCACUCUGCAGGGGGCAGCCCGCGACAUGCUGGGCUUCCUGUACCACUGUGACCUCUCCAUCUUCCAGCUCUACAACGGGGGCAACAACAUCACCAGCAUGGGCAUCUUCGGGGCGCCCCGCAACAAGGUGGUCUGCUCCUACCCGCUCUGCAAGGCGUACAGGAAGGACAAGGUGGGCCUGAUCGACGAACACGUGUGCAAGAACGAGUGCCCACCUCAGCACCUAGACUCCCUGGAAGCUGAGUGCCACAAAUACAGCACCAUUGUCAUCAAGGGCGUCCGCAUUUUCGACCUGAACAUUUUGGCCCCUCUGAUGAAGGACCCCUUCGUCAACCUCAAGGUGAUCCACUUGGUCAGGGAUCCCAGGGCCGUGGCUAGCUCCCGGAUCAAAUCGAGGAAUGGUCUGAUCCGGGAGAGCCUGCAGGUGAUGCGCAGUAAGGAUCCCAAGGGGCGUCGGUUGAAGGUGUACGAUGGGUACCAGAGGACCAGGCGGGAUGCAGUGGACUACCAUGCUCUCAAUGCCCUGGAGGUGAUCUGCACCAGCAUGGUCAGGACUGCGCAGAUGGUGAGGGAACUGCCGGACUGGCUGAAGGACAAUUACCGGAUAGUGCGUUAUGAAGACCUGGUGGAAGACCCCAUCAGGUACCUCAAGGACAUGUAUCACUUUGUCAACCUGUCAGUCAGUGAGGACAUUGAGAGAUUCAUGCUCAACAUGACCAUGGGCUCCAGUUACUCCUCCAAAAAGCCCUUCAGUGUUUCUUCCCGAAACGCCACCCAGGCUGCCAAUGCAUGGCGGACCCAGAUGACCUACUCCCAAAUCAAACAAGUGGAGGAAUACUGCCAACAUGCCAUGGAUUGGCUGGGGUAUGAGAAAGUCCAAACUCCAGAGGAAGUCAAGGAUUUCAGCAAAUCAUUUGUUACCAAAAUCCGGCUUUGAACAAAAAUACGAAAGUGCUUCAGAAAUUCAUUACAUCAAAAUCCACAUUCAAGAGAAGCCCUGGAGCAGAUCCCAACCUGUUUACUUUCUGAAUAUCCUUGGAUUCAGGUCUGGGAAAAUAAAAAGAGUGCUUGAGAGGAUUUUUAUACUGUGUGGAGUGCAUGGGUACACUUGAGGCUGCACCCACAUACCUCACUGUCACACGGGCACCUUCACACAGUGACAUUCUCACACUUACAUGUCAGUCAUGCAGUUGCACACAUCAAGUUCUCACACAAAAGCUGCCACUAACAGAUACUCACACAUUCACACCGACACACCCAAACACAGACAUACCCACUCUCACACAUUUACAUCAACAUGCAUGAAAAUAUAGGCACAGCCUUCAUCUAUUUCAUUCACAUAGACAUUUAUAAACAACCUGUCACCAACUCACUCACACGCAUAACUAAUAACACUGAAAAGCUGAUGACACACGAGUCACUUAGUAAUUUUAAGGGGUUUUUUCCUCAUCAGAUGUUGACAAAGAUGCAAUGCGUUGAGUUGGCCAUUGGAAAUACUUGAUCAUUUGGAUUUAAAAUUGUUAUGUACAUUGCUCUUUGAAUAUAUAUAUAGAGUUCUUUUUUGUUGUCUGGUCGAAUGAGUAAAUUGAUAAUUUAUCAUUUAAAGAAGUAUUCUAUUAUAUUGAUGGCAUGUGGCAGUAGUAUUGUGAAUACAGUGCUUAACUGCAAAAGUACAGCUCAGCUGAACCUUUCAAUCUAUGUUCAUGCUUGAAUGUUCAUUCCAGAUAAGCCAGUUCAUGUUCCCUUCCUAAAGAUUGUGUGGAACAAACAAGCAUAGUCUGUGCUCAAUAAACUUUUUUGACCCAUAUUUUCAUUAUUAAUGUAAUGUUAUAGCUGAAAGUGAGUGCAGACAAGUACAAGAAACUACAAAAAAAGACAUUUAAUGAAGGAAAACUAACUGAAACCUUGCCAAGAUCAAAACUGACAUAGCACAUUAUUUGUUGCAAGACACCAUGUUUAAUGAAUUAUUGUAUAUUAUCUGGAGUCUCUGUGAGGCUACUGACAAAAUGUCGCAAUGUACAGUAUUUAUGAGGAGAGGAAAUACAUUAAGCAGCAGCAUACCUGGGUAGACUAACUUUCUGCUUUAAUUUAAGACUAAACGAAAACAGUGUAAAAACAUUUCCUUGAAAGAGUCUUGUAAUUAUCUCACUGAUACCAGCGCUACAGUAUACAGUCCUCCAGUGCAUGAACUCUGGAAGUUGUUUCUCUCGUUUUAUUUUUAAAAUGCCUUUUCAAGUCAGUCUCAGCUAUUCCCAUUCAAGGCCAGCAGCAGAUGAUUAAAACAGGAUACACUUACUAUGGAAUGGGUGAUGCUUUUGUACUGGAGACAAUGCUGGAAGUACAUCUCAAAGCAAAUUUCUAAGAGGUCCCUUUUAUUGUGAAGUUGAGGUCCUUGGAGAGACUGUUAAAAUAGAGGUAUGACUUCAGCUUCAGCAUGCUGUUCUCAGGAGUUUACCUGUUUAGUUAACACAUCUCCAAACUGAGGCUUUUUUAAUGUAGUCUCAUGGUUUGUGCAUAUGCAAAUGGGGAUGGGUUAACGCUGGUAAUAGCUAGGGAUUUUAGCAGUGGAAAAAUAACUUCAAGUAAAUUUUUAAAACCAAGUAGUCAAUUUGGAGUGACAGGGUAUACAUUUCAGAGCCUGGGAAUCAAUGUGGAGCUGAUCUUUCUAUGUGCUUGCUUUAUAACAUAAUUGUGACAGCAAAUUGAAUCAACUCCGUGCAUUCAGAUGGUUGGACUAAGAGGUGCCAAAUAUAUAUAAAAACAAAUGUUGGUCCACCUGAAGUCAUUGGAACUCCAUUGGCAGGAGAACUGUACACCUACUGUUGAUGACAUGUCCUCAAGGUAUAAAUGACUUCAUAAUGCUUUGGCUUCAGAACAGAAGCUCUAUGUUAUGAAAAUCGCCUCACCCCUCAGCUUAAAGUUGGAAUUGUGUUUAGCAGCUAUCAGACAGUCACAGUAGUGAAACAGCUGAUGUCUCUCUCUCUCCUUAGCUGCUUUUACUGCAAGUGAAAGCUCCAAAUAUUGCAACAGGAGCUGACACUUUGGACAGAUGUACAACCUUUCAUGUAGAACCAUAGAACUGUUACAGCACAGAAAGGAACCAGCUUGUUAAACUUGGCCCCUGUAAUAAUUGACCUUUCUGUGAUAGGGUGUGUGAUAGUAGAAGAAGGAAUUGCAAAAGAAGCAAAAUGCACAGCUAGCUGACUCCUGUUACUGAGAGAGCUAUUGUGACUGCAUUUCUGUGCAUCACACCUCCACACCGAUGCAGUGAAUAGUGUUGCCCUGAAUCAAUCUAUUUGUCCAAACUGAAUCAGGAGGGCAGGAAAAACAAAUGCAGAGAAUGCUGGAGGAACUCAGUAGGUCUGGCAGCAUCCAUGAGAGAGAAAUGGAGUUAACGU